GGCGCUGGAGCUCUCCGUAUGUUCCUCGAAGCUAACAAAUUUAAGAGCUUCUUUAUCUUAUAUUCUCAAACAAAUAAAACCAAUCUGCAGAUCUCAUUACAAUCUAGAAGCGUAAUCAAAUUACAGCAUUCAAAACCACGAUGUCAACACAGAAGCUUAUAACUCCGGAGGAUGGUCUUCAUGAUUCGUGGGUUGAGCUUCACUUUGAUUCAAGCAGUGAGCACAGUGAGGCCACCCCAACAAUGUUUGAUAUCACAGACCUGGAAAAAAUGCUCCUGGAAGCCCAACGCGAGUCCAGCAGUAGUUCACAAACAAGCUCUCACUGUAGCAGUCCUCGACGAGUCCAGACACCUCCACUCAUCAGUCCUGCCUCUUUCAACACACACAUCACUAUACAGGAGGAAGUUGUAAAAGAGAGCAAACAGGAAACAGAAGCUGUCAUGAGGAUCUGUGACUGGUCCAGCCGGCCAGAGAAUGUACCACACGCAGCAUUUCUAAUUAAACGGCCAAAGCGGAACCGAGUGAACAGCAAAAGCCCGACUAAAACUGACAAGGAAAUGAACACACAUUUGCUAAAGAUUAUGCUUCCAUCCCUAGUCCUUACGCACAUCUUAAUGCUUGGAUUGGGGAUCUGUAUAGGACGACGUCUCAGUACCCAGUGUUCUACUAUCUGAGUCAAAGCAAACAUGUUUGUGUUCGCUGUGUCAGGGUCUCUUUGGUACAGACCCAAGAAAGCAUCUACAACUUUUAGGCAUCGUUUUGUUCUCUGGACAUUCUGGAUGUUGUAAGCGAACACUGUGAAAAUAUGAAAAUCAGCAAUAAUUAUUUUUCUUUCCAUUUCCUGCAGCGAAAAUGUUUGGCACAGAACAUAAUGUAGCCAACUUCUGAGCUGUAGAUAUGACUAUAAGCAGAAAAUAUGACUUUGAGUUUAAAGUGUAUGUUAAUGAUAUAAACAUGAACAUUAUUUUAGCAGUCAGGGUAUAUUGUAGCUCUUACGCUGACCAGAUUUUUGUAACAUUUCAAACAGUUAUUCUUGAAAAUUAAAGCAAAAAAACUUGAUUAGUCUAAAUAAAGAAAUUCUCAUCUUUCA